AUGUCAAUUACUUCACCCCUUGAUGUGUCUGUUUUGGCCUCUUGCAAGGGUCUCCUUUUUCUUGAUUUUCAUCAAGUCAGAACUUUCUGUAUUUUCAAUCCUACAACAGGGGCGCACCAAUUGAUACCUUACCCUGAGCCUAGAAAUUAUUUUAAAAUAAUUGAGAGUGAGAGUGGUGGUGAAGGAUUACUUGUUGACUAUCCUAAUUCUGGUCAAUAUAAGUUGGUAAUUGUAAGGAAGCUCGAUGAUCAACCCCGAGGAGGCUAUAUAUUUAACGUAUUUUCAUCAUCAUGUGCAGGACUAAUGUGGCAUGAAUCCCAAUUCAGAUCAAAGUUUUGCAAUGCUUUGUUAAUCGGUCACGCUGUUUACCUGCACGGGUGCUUGCAUUGGCUCAGAAGUGACGGUAAUGUUGUUGUUUUCGAUACAACCGGAGGACAUAGAAUUAUAAACAUGCCUGAGGUCAUCAAAAGUUAUGUCAGGGAUCCCUUGUACGGCAUAAUUUCUUUUCGAUUUCAUUCAUGGAUGGGGGUAACGCGAGGUCUACUUACCCUAGUAUGCGCCUUUGAGAAACUAAUAGUAAUCUUUACUUAUGAUUAUUAUGUAAGCAGCAACAAUUGGACAGUUUCACACACUUUAGCCAACUUCAACCCGGCGGAUCUGGGCUUCCUUGAUCAUGGUGUUCCAAUGUGGUUUGACGGUGAAAAGUUGCUUUUCCUGGUAAGACAUUGGUCUGAAUCUAAGUCUGGAUAUUUAUACGAGUAUGAUUAUGAUUCCGAGAUCAAGAAAGUACAUGAUCAUGUAAUUUUGGAUAUUGAUACAAUCAAACACUUCUUUUCCUUCGAACCAACAUUAGCCAAUGUCGUUGUCCCACUGCUGCCUCACAAGAUCCGCGCUGAAUAUCGUCGAGACAUUGUAACAACAUUAGGUGAGCUCAAAUAUCUUCUUACUGAUAAAUCUACAGUCACAGAAGAAAGGCCUGUAAACAAAUUUCCUUACCUAAACUGA